ACCAGAUACCUUUGCCAUAUGAAGUUGAACACGGCAGAAGAAGAGGACUAUAUGUCUGAUUCCUUCAUUAAUGUCCAUUAAUGUCCAAUGUCCAUUAGACCAGGAUUGCCAAUGCUAAGGCAGAUCCGAGAAGCCCGUCGGAAAGAAGAAAAGCAACAGGAAGCCAAUUUGAAAAACAGGCAGAAGAGUUUAAAAGAAGAAGAACAAGAAAGACGUGACAUUGGGUUGAAGAAUGCUCUAGGCUGUGAAAACAAAGGGUUUACCUUGCUGCAAAAGAUGGGAUAUAAAAGUGGUCAGCCCCUUGGCAAGAGUGGAGAUGGUAUUGUUGAGCCAAUCCCCCUUAACGUCAAAACAGGAAAAAGCGGCCUUGGUCAUGAGGCAUUACUGAAACAGAAAGCAGAGGAAACACUAGAAAGUUGUAGGAGAAAGAUUCACAUGAAAAACCAAGCUGAAGAAACAGCUGCAGAGCAGUUUCGACUGCGACUUAAAUAUAAGCAAGAUGAAGUGAAGCUGGAAGGGGACCUGAAAAGAAGCCAGCAAGCCUGCCGGCAGUUGGAUACACAGAAGAACAUUCAGGUUCCCAGGGAAGCAUGGUACUGGUUAGGGCUUGAAGAGGAGACUGACGAAGAGGAGAAAAAAGAGCAAGAUGAAGAUGACUAUAAAAGUGAAGACUUAAGUAUACUGGAAAAAUUACAAAUACUGACUGGUUAUUUAAGAGAAGAACAUCUGUAUUGUAUUUGGUGUGGAACAGCCUCUGAAGAUAAAGAAGACCUCUCUUCAAAUUGCCCAGGACCAACUGCUGCAGAUCACGACUAAGAUUACUCUCAAGAAGUACAAUCUUAGAAAAUGUUAUUGUUUGCUAAAAACAGAUAGUUGAGCAGUUAGAAUUCCCAAAUUAUGUCAGUAAAGAAAGAUGGCCUUUUACAUG